CGAAAAUUACUCGCAAAUGUCAUUCGUGAUACAAUUUGCAACUUUAUGUGAGGAAAAUAUCUCAUAUUGCGAGUUAAUUUGAAAUCUUAUACAGGCAGGCACAUUUCCUACAUAUUCACAUCAAAGCAGGGCUACCAGUUCUUUUUAGGAAGAAUUUUGCUAAAUCAAGAUUAAAUUAUCUGGCGAAAUUGGGUAUUUCAUAACCUGGUUAAAUAAAUUUUGAAUUUGUAAUCAAUAAUCAUUCGUGCGUGUGGUAUCUUAAGGUGGUUUUACCAAUAUACCCUCACAAAAUUUGAUAAAAUCAAUAUAUUCUCUCGAUAAGGCACGAUUUAAAUUGAAUUAACUCGUGUAUUUGAUAAAUUGUGCGUUAGAAAUUAUAUUAUUUAAAAAGCUGACGUAAUGAAAGGAUUUUUUUCCUUUUUGUCUAAUGAAAUUAAAAAAGUUUAUCUGUGCAGAUAUAUCUGGCUCAAUGGCAACCCUGCAUUCAUAUGUCAAAGAAGCCAAACCAAACAAAAGGCCUCAAUAAUUGUUGCUUCAAAUUUCAUGAAAAUCUAAAAUUUCAGUAAAUCUAUAAAGAUGUUUACUGUUGCACAAUUUUUUGAAAAGCAACAGCUACGUGUUCUUGCUGUACCGGUUUCCUGGGUUCGUGGCGGAUUUUUAAUGUGGCCGAAACUUCCUUCCAACGAAAAGCUGGACAAACUGAGAAUGGAAGGGAUUGAAUACCACGGUGCUACAAAGAAAAUCCCAGUUAUAGUGGGUAGAAAAUAUAAAAGCCUGCAAGCGGCAGAAGCUGCCGCAGAAGAUCUACUAAAGCAAGAAGUGUCCGACAUCGAAAACAAACGAAAUUUGUUGAAGCAUCGUAAGGGUAAAGCUACUGAUGCGAGUCUCUUCAAAGAUUAUAAUAAGAUUAUUCAAGAAAUGUCGGAAAUAUCAGGGCAAAUUGGUUCCGUCCCUCUGGCACAACAAAAACAGGUUCAGUGGCACCGUGUUCAGAUUGAUGAAAAACAAAUCGAAGAUGCACCGCUACAGGAUAAAGCCGACGAGACCAAUGGACAAACUGAGACUGUAUCACAAGCUGUUAGAAUCCUACCGAUGAUUCAAAUCCCAUUGCAAAAUUUUGAUUCUGGAACUCCUCCGAAUCCAAGCAGUUCUGUCGUUUCACCGCGCCAAACGCAAUAUCUACCGAAAUCAAAACUGGAAGCACAUCCUACAAGUAAGAAUCAUAACAGCGUGCGUUGUAAUAUCUGUUCUGCGUUUGUAUACUUUUUACUGUACGUUCUAUUUACAUAUAUCAACGCAAAUAUUUUCUAC